UCCCAUUUCUGAUUCAUGUCCUCAGGCACAAUGACAGAAAGUCAACUGGAUGAACCUCUAAGUCAGGAGACCUUUCGAGAGCUGUGGAACCAGCUCGAGGUACCAAGUGCCAACGUGGGCCUGGAGAAUGUCUUCCCAAUGCUGUCGGUGCUCACUGACCUGGACCUCCAGAUGGACGAGCUGGGUGUGGGGAGCAGCGAUGGUGCUCCCAUUCCAGAGAUGUCGCUCCCACUGCCGAGCUCCUCCCAGGCUGCGCCAGUGUCAAACCUGCCGCGAAUGCCCACCAACUCAGUCCUGGCCACAGACGACUAUCCGGGCCCUCACCAGUUCCAGCUGCAGUUCCAGCAGUUCAGCACUGCCAAGUCUGUCACAUGUACGUACUCCCCCAUCCUGAACAAGCUGUUCUGCCAACUGGCCAAGACCUGCCCGAUCCAGGUUCGUGUGGACUCGGUGCCACCCCCAGGGACUCUGCUCCGUGCCACUGCCGUCUAUAAGAAGCCGGAGCAUGUGGCUGAAGUGGUGAGACGGUGCCCGCACCAUGAACGCAACUCGGAGAAUGAUGAUGGCCCCGCCCCUCCCAGUCACCUGAUCCGGGUCGAGGCCAAUAGCCAGGCACGGUACGCCGAGGAUUCAGAAACCAAACGACAGAGCGUCAUCGUGCCGUACGAAGUUCCACAGGUGGGCUCUGACUGUACCACUGUUCUCUAUAACUACAUGUGUAACAGCAGCUGCAUGGGAGGCAUGAAUAGGAGGCCCAUUCUCUCCAUCCUCACCCUGGAGAGCCCUGAUGGCGUACUUCUUGGCCGGAGAUGUUUCGAGGUGCGAGUGUGCGCGUGUCCGGGCCGUGAUCGGAAAACCGAGGAGGAGAACCUGAAGCGGCAACAGGACAGCCUGGCUGUGAAACCGGGCAGCAAUGGGAGCAAACGCUCCCUUGUGGAGGUCUCACGUGGAACCACAUUGCCACAGACCAAGAAGAAGAAAGUACUGCUGGACGAUGAAGUCUUCACUCUGCAGGUAAGGCACGAUGGAGGCUCUCCCACUGGGACAUCAUCUCUCGGUCAGAGGCAAGCCCAUCUCCUGCUGCCUUCAACUGCCCCCUCAGCUAUUUCCCGGGGCAGGUCAGAGGCAGCCCAGUCACUAUUGGCCUGGAGUCCCGUGUAGGUCAGGCUGGGGUAAGGAAGACCAAUUUGCCCACCCGAAGGGAGAUUUGUGAAACGGCCCAGUUCUCCGAACAAUU